GCUGGCAGCGCAUUUUUCUUUUCCGCCGGUGGAUGGCGCUCCAUGCACCGCGGUCGGACAGCCUUCCACUCGCGGGCCGCCGCCGCCGCGGCCUUCGGCGGCGCGGCGCUGGGGGCGGUGGCGCUGAACUUCGCCGUGGUGGUGCUGUCCCCUUUGCUCUGGGCUUGCACGGAGGACCAGGCCGGCCGCCGGCUCGCGUCCAGCUCCGCCGCGCCGGUGGCGCCGUCGCCCGUUCCGCUGCCGACGCGGCCGGGGCACGGCCCCGUGGUGGAGGCCUGGUCAGCGCUUCAUGGCUUGGAUGCCUCCUCGUUACGCAUGCUGCCCGAUAGCGCGUUGGAGGCAGAGGCGAGGCGCCAACCCCGGUGGCUCUUCUUCGGGCUCUCCUCGGUGCACCGGAAGCAAGCGGAAUACCUCACUCUCACUCUCUCCCACCUUUUCGACGCCUUAGGCGAUUCGACGGAUACAGGCAUUCUAGUACACCUAGCAGACUUCGAGGAGAGUUGGGUGGGCAAAACCCGGGACGCGCUGCAAAACGGCUUCGAGGACGAAGUUCAGGGCAACCGGCUCCAUGUGAUCCAUGCGCCGGAGCGUUUGUACCCCUUGAAGGAGGAGGUCAGCAAGAACACCAAGUUCGGGGACCCGCCCUUGAGGCAAUGGUGGCGCGCCAAGCAGAACUUGGACUAUGCCUUCUUGAUGUGGUAUGCCGCGGGCCUGUCGCAUUUCUACAUGCAGUUGGAGGAUGAUGUGCAGGUCACCCCCAACUUUUUGCCCACCGUGCAGAAAUACAUGAAGGAGCACAUCUCGGGGGAGCAGUGGGUCAUGGUGGCCUUCUCAAAGCUGGGCUUCAUCGGAAAGCUCUUCGCCAGCACCAGGCUCCCGAAGCUGGCGGAGUUCCUACUCAUCUUCCACGGCGAGGCGCCCUGCGACUGGUUGGUGUGGAUCUUCAUUGAUGCAUCCUCCUCGCAGCCGGUCACCGUCCAGAUCCCCGAGGAUUUGGAGAAGGAGUUUCAGCAGCGAGAGUCCGCGAAGACGAACCCCGCGGUGAAGCUGCCAAAGUCUAUGAGGACCGACGUCCUACUCUACUACCAGGAGCAAAAGGAUUCGAAGAUCUUCCUUUCGCCCUCCGCUGUGGUGUCUGCCAAGCCCACGCCGGCGCCGGCGCCGGGGCUGCUCAGCGACCGGGGCGACCGGGGCUGGCCUGGUCAGCCUGUGGAGGUUCCGACGGGGCCGCCGGCGGCUGAGCUGUUCAUGGACAUGAAGGGGCGCAGGGCGUUUGACUCCUGCUUCCACUGCUUCUGCUUGGUGUACGCAUGGGUUGCGCGCUGCGUGCCGCCACAGCGCUUAGCGCUUGAUGCAGCAGAGGGCGAUGGACUGGUGCCUACAGCACUGGCAGCGCUGGUCUUGGUGGAGGAGCCAGAGCAAGCCACCAUCAGCCACAAGGAGGUUCUGCUGGGCUGCAGUGGACCUGACAACACGAACGGCAAUUGCAUCGAGCGGAUCGGCGCGGCUUUGGCUGCGCGGGACUGGCCGGCCAAUCUCAGGCUGCCGCCGGCCAGGCUCUUCAGCAACAUGCAGCACUGGCUUCAGCGCGGUGCAUCAUGUCUUUGCAGGGAUUGGAAUCCGUUGGCAAAGCAGGGCCUGGGGAAGCGUCCCACGGUGGCCGUGGACGCCUCCUUCGCCGACAGCCUGGGGGAGAGCCCGGCCAAGGUGGGCCACGUGGCGCCGCGGCUUGCAGACGCGGCGGCUGCCAGCCUGGUGGAGUCCUGGCAGAAGAGCCCGCAAAGCGCCAACCCGGUGCGAAGGAGCACACGACGCUCCGGCGAGGAUGGGGACUCUCCCGAGUCUCCCGUGGCUGAGCUGGCGGACAAGCUGGAGCGCCUCGAGGCGCGCCUGGACCGCCUGGUCGGCUCCGUGGAGCUCUUGAACCAGCGCCUUGAGCGCCAAGCGGCGCCGCCCGAGGUGGCGGAAACUUUGGCGCGGCGAAGUGUGGAGGAGGUGAACCUGAAGAUGAGGCUGGAGGCGCUGGAGCUGCAGCUCUGCCGGGACCUGGUGCUGCAGAACUCCGCGCUGGAGCUGUGCCAAGCGCAGCUGACGGAGCUCCGAGAGCUGGCGCGGCCCAGGGAAGUCGACGGCGCCAGGCCGCCCGCGGCGCCGGACGCGGCGAUCGCCGAGGCCGUGGCGCCGCUGGUGGCGCGGGAGGUGCGGCGCGCAGUGCGGGCGGAGUACGGGCGCCUGGUGCUUGGCCUGGCGGACACCUCCGCGCUCCCCUCCGGUGCCGAGCUUCGUAGCCCAAGCGCGCAGUCGAACUUGGUGGCGCCGUUGACGUCGGAGGACUUCGCGGAAGCGGCACCGAGCUGA